AUGGGACCUGGUAAACCAGCUUAUUGGGGUCCAUUAGAAUCAUUGUUUUCCACAAAUGAUUCAAAUCUAAAAAGUAACAGAAGUUGCAUAUUUGUUACUCCUGGUUGUGGAAGUUCUUUACAUGACAGAGCUGUUGAAAUUUUUUAUCAAAUUAAAGGUGGAAAAGUUGAUUAUGGUGAAGAGCAUUCUAAAUUAUUUGGUCAUUCUCGAUAUGGACGUGAAUAUCCUGGAUUAUAUUCAGAAUGGAGUGUUUCUAAACCUCUUCAUUUUCUUGGUCAUUCACUAGGUGGUACAACUAUAUGGAAGCUUCAACAAUUGCUUGCAAGUGAUAUAUUUCCAUCAUCUUAUAAUGCACAUCCUGACAUGAUUAAAUCUUUAACAGCUGUUUCUUCACCAUUCAAAGGUACUCAAGGGGUGUAUUUAUUGGGAGCAACUACAAAAAGAAAUGGUGAAAUUCGCCCAUUUUCAUUUGGUUGUUGGUUGGGUAGAUUUGUUCAUUUAUACGAGUAUUUUGACAUUAAAUGGUUGAAAAAAGUUACUUAUGAUUUUAAUGUUGAUCAUUGGAAUUUUAAUACAAUAAAAAGUACUAAAAUAAAUCCAUUCAGCACAAUUUCUGAAUAUUUAAUUAAUAUUUUUCAAAGUAAAAAAGUAAAGGAUUCUAAUUAUCUUAAAGAAAGGGAAGGAGAUGAUGAAAUGGUUGAAAUUGAUGAAUCUUUAAACAAAAAUUCAAAUAAUAUUUGUGUUAGUAAACAUGGAUUAUUAAAAUGUUUAUUUAAAAGUCCUUGGUUAUAUUUCAAAGAUAAUGCUCCUUAUGAUAUGACAAUACAUGCAAUGAAUGAUUUAAAUUCAACAAGUAAAACUUUUAAAAAUACCUAUUACAGAACCUAUGCUGCAUCAAUGACGCAUGAAGAUCCUAUAACAAAAUUUCAUAAGCCAAGUUUUUCUUUUUCAUUGCCAUUAGCAAUUUAUUUUUUAUCAUAUGGAAUUGGUAGAUUCCGAUUUCAAGAUAAUACAAUAUCUUCAGAAGAUCAUGUUCCACCACCAUUAUCACAAGAAGAAUUAUACAAAUGGUAUGAGAAUGAUGGAGUAUGUCCAAAAAUUUCUCAAACACAUCCUCAUUACAAAUGUGAAGAUGGUUUAUGUAAACAUUUUAAAGGGCUACCAUCAAAAGAAAAUGAAUGUGGUUAUGAAAAGGAAAAUUUUGAAGCUGGUAAGUGGUAUGUUUGGGAAGUUGAUAAUACAACACACUUUAGUUUGAUUCCUGUUUGGACUGGCAGUGAGCAACAGUCAUUAUUUUUCAAUGGUUAUAAAAAUUAUUUAGAUAUUAUAGAAAGAAUUAGCAAAUGA